AUGAAGAACAGGAACACUUCAGGUGGAAGGAAGGACAGGGCGCAGGAGGCCAUCGAGUCGUUCAGCGCCAUCGUCGAGGACUCCAACAGCAGCCCCAAGUUUCAAUAUGAGAUCAUUCGCGUGCCGCCUUACCACUACAUUCACGUGCUGGACAACAACGCCAACGUGGUGCGCGUGGUCGAAGGACCCUCGCGCUACACCUGCCUCGGUCACGAGAAGGUCAUCCUCGGCCCCGAGCCCAUGAUCGUGGUGCCACCUCGACACUAUGCCACCAUCGAAAACCCCGUCCUCAAGGAUGCGGAGGGCAAGAUUGUGCUGGACAAGCACAAGCAGGCCAAGCUGCGCCACGGCGAACUGGAGAUCCGGUUCGAGCGCGACCCGUUCCCGCUGUACCCCGGCGAGAAGCUCAGCGGCCCCGUCCAGCCGCUCGUCGUCGUCGCCGAAAACACCGCCCUCCGCCUCAAGGCCUUGUGCGACUUUGACGAGGCCAAGGCGGAGGAGAAGGGCAAGGAGAAGGGCAAGGGCCACCACGGCCGGCGAGUGGCGGGCGAGGAGUGGCUCUUCGCCGGGCCGCACACGUACUUCCCGCGGGUCGAGGUGGCGGUGAUGGAGGUGAUCCACGCGGUGGUGCUCAAGCCCGACCAGGCCCUCCACCUCCGGGCCUACCGCGACUUUGUGGACCGGCAGGGCGUCGAGCGCAAGGCCGGCGAGGAGUGGCUGGUGCGCACGGCCGGCGCGUACCUGCCCGACGUCAACGAGAAGCUGGUGACCACCGUCUCGGGCUACAUCCUGACCAGCGACAAGGCCCUCCACCUACGCGCCCGCACCUCCUUCACCGACAUGUAUGGGAAUGAGCGGAAGGCGGGAGAGGAGUGGCUGGUGACCAGCGAGCAGGGCGAGGUGCACAUCCCCGACGUCUACGAGGAGGUGGUCGGCACUCGCUCUAUCACGUCCCUCAGCAGUCGCCACAUCAUCGAGAAUCCGGUGGUGGACGGAGCGUCGAAGCUGGGCGCUCGCGAGCUCAGGCGCGGUCCCCUCAACUUCUUCCUCAAGCCGGGAGAGACCAUCCAAGCUGGCCACCUCAACGAAAUCUACCUGUUGAUGGCGGAGGACGGGCUGCUGAUGCGAGCGCGCGAGGCCUUCGAGGACGUGACGGAGGACGACAACAAGGUCAAGCGCAUCACCAGGCGGCGGGCCGGCGACCGGUGGCUCGUGUGCGGUCCGCGCGAGUACAUCCCGCCGCUCGAGGCCGAAGUCAUCCAGCGCCAGCGGGCCGUCAUCCAGCUCGAGGGCCUCAACCUCUACAUCUUCAACAUCGGCCCGAUCAUCGGCCUGGCCUUCCUCCUCCUCGUCCUGCUCUGGUUCGUGGGCCGCUCGCUUGGCGGCGGAAGCAGCGCCGCGCCGCCCACGAUCCUCGACCAGCAGGAACUCUAA